AAAAGACUUCCAUAAUUUUAAAGUCUUGCAAUUAUGAACUUUACCUAUUAAAAUAAACAUAAUACACAAAACCUUUUAAUUUUGUGCCCUAUUACUCAAAAAUAGAAUAGACCUUAUCCAAUAAUAGAUUUUGGUUCAACUCCUUGUUUCUAUAAUUUCAAAUAUCAAAAACAAAUUUUGUCGUAAACAAAAAUUGAUAUAUCUUAUUAGACAUUUUUCAAAAGUGUAGCAGGUCGUCAUGCUCAACUUCUUGGUCCCAAGUCAUCAUCCUCAGCUUCUUGGUUUUCCAGGUCAUCUCAUUCCUCAACUUCCUAGUUUUCUAGGUUGUCACUUUUUAGUUUCUUGGUUCCAGGUCGUCAUGCUCAACUUCCUAGCCCCAAUUCAUCAUCCUCAGCUUCUUGGUUUUCCAAGUCGUGACUCCUCAUUUUCUUGGUUCCAAGUCGUCAUGCUCAACUUCAUGGUCCCAAUUCAUCAUCCUCAGCUUCGUGGUUUUCCAGGUCGCGACUCCUCAGUUUCUUGGUUCCAGGUUGUCAUGCUCAACUUCCUAGUCCCAAGUCAACAUCCUCAACUUCCUGGUUUUCCAAGUCAUGACUCCUCAGUUUCUUGGUUCCAGGUCGUCAUGCUCAACUUCUUAGUCCCAAGUCAUCAUCCCCAGCUUCUCGAUUUUCCAAGUCAUCACUCCUCAGUUUCUUGGUUCCAAGUCAUCAUGCUCAACUUCCUAGUCCCAACUCAUCAUCCUCCACUUCCUGGUUUUCCAGGUCGUCACUCUUCAGUCUCUUGGUUCCAGGUCGUCAUGCUCAACUUCCUGGUCCCAAGUCAACAUCCUCAGCUUCUUGGUUUUCCAGGUUGCCACUCAGUUUCUUGGUUCCAAGUCAUCAUGCUUAACUUCUUGGUCCCAAGUCAUCAUCCCCAGCUUCCUAGUUUUCCAGGUCGUCACUCCUCAGCUUCUUGGUUCCAAGUUGUCAUUCCUCAACUUCUUGGUUUUCCAGGUUGUCACUUUGAGCUCCAUGGUUCUAGGUCGUCACUCUGAGCUCCCUAGUUCCAGGUCGUCGCUCUCAGCUUUCUAGUUCUAAGUCGUUGCUCUCAGCUUCAUGAGCUUCCUGGUUCCAAGUCGUCACUCUCAGCUUUCUUAGUUUCCCGGUUCCAAGUUGUCACUCUCAGCUUCUUGGUUCCAGGUCAUCAAUUUGAGCUCCCUAGUUUUAGGUUGUCACUCUCAGCUUACAGGUUAGAAAUCUCAAAUCAAGGUUUCCAAGCCAGAUUCCUCAAGAAUAAAUUAGACCCUUCUAC